AGACCCGUCGCCGCCGGCGCCUUUGCCGUUGCAGCCAUCCCUCUCAUCCCUGCCCGCUUUUCCAACAGUCUCCCUCCGCAUCGCCGUGUCAAAGCUGCAGCACCUUCGAGAACAGCUAAGUGGUCAUUUCGGGACUUGGGGUUGGGAGUCUGGGCGGGAGCUAGGCGCGGGCAGCACAGCCAGCGCGCCAUCUCCUGCAGCAACCGCCACUGCUGCAGACACCCUCCCGGGCGGGAGAGAACACUAUCCAGAGGCCCACGCCGUCCCAGCACCCAAGGUUAGAGUUAGAGCGUUUCUCCCGAGCACUGGAGCACUGGUGAGAUCCUGGUGCUUAGUGAAGGGAGAGUCAGAGAUCACGAAAAAAGAUCUCGUAUUGGAUAGUGUUGGCUUUUUCUCAGCUUAAUCGGACAAGUGGCAGCUUUGCCAAAGCCUCCGUAAACCCCGAGCCAUGUCACCCCCAACCGUGCCUCCAAUGGGUGUAGAUGGUGUGUCCGCGUACCUGAUGAAGAAAAGGCACACCCACAGGAAGCAGCGGCGCAAGCCCACUUUCCUCACUCGGAGGAACAUCGUUGGCUGCCGCAUUCAACACGGCUGGAAGGAAGGCAACGAGCCGGUGGAGCAAUGGAAGGGGACAGUGCUCGAGCAGGUUUCUGUGAAGCCCACUCUCUACAUCAUCAAAUAUGACGGCAAAGAUAGUGUGUAUGGACUAGAACUGCACCGAGAUAAGAGAGUUUUAGCACUAGAGAUCCUUCCUGAGAGAGUGCCAACUCCUCGCAUUGAUUCGCGCCUCGCAGAUUCCCUGAUUGGCAAGGCAGUGGAGCAUGUGUUUGAGGGGGAACACGGCAAGAAAGAUGAAUGGAAGGGCAUGGUCCUGGCACGAGCCCCCGUGAUGGACACUUGGUUUUACAUCACCUACGAGAAAGAUCCGGUACUUUAUAUGUACACGCUGCUGGAUGACUACAAAGAUGGUGACCUGCGCAUCAUUCCAGAUUCCAACUACUAUUUCCCUACAGCUGAGCGAGAGCCUGGAGAAGUGAUUGACAGCCUCGUGGGCAAGCAGGUGGAGCACGCCAAAGAUGAUGGGUCCAAGAGGACCGGCAUUUUCAUCCAUCAAGUGGUGGCCAAGCCGUCUGUCUACUUCAUUAAGUUUGAUGAUGAUAUUCACAUUUAUGUCUAUGGUUUGGUGAAAACCCCUUAAAUUCAUUGUGUGUGUUUUGCAAAAUUUGUGGAACUAUUAAAUGUAAAAUAUGUCGUGUUAUUGUAAUUGUACUUUUUGAGAACAGUUUUGGUGUCAGAGAGUCAGAAAUUUAUUAUUACUUAUUACUGUGCCUCUAAAUCUUAUACAUUGACUAGUUCCACAGUUUUGCCCAAGUGUACUUUGGCACCUAUGAUAUUGCCUUGUUCUAUAAUUGAAAAAUUUAAAGUGGGUGCUCAUAGAAAAUUGAAAAGUGUUCAUUACCAUUGGAACAAUGAAAAACUAAAGAAAAAUUAAUGGUGUAAACCCUCACCAUAUCCUUUCCCUCUUUUCCCUUACCUUCCUUCUUUCUUCUCCUCAGAUAACAAGUGUUAAGAACAUAAUGCAUGCCCUAUGUUUUUUCCAAUCCUUUUACAAAAAGUUUGUUGCAGUUGUUUCUGAAAAAAUGACAAGCCACAUCAUUUCUUUGUCAUUGCUUUUCUUAAUCCCUUCGACCAGUAGCUGCAGAUAUUUCUCCCUCUCCCUCCAUUUUUCUAUCCUUCUUUCCCUCCCCACCUCUCCCUCUGGAAUUUAUUUUUUUAUAUAAUAUUAAGAUAAAGGUCCAAUUAUACAUUUUAUUCACAUUGGAUACCUGAUCAUGCCAUUACAUUUAUUAAAUACAUCAUCCAUUUCCCUCUCACUCAGGAAUUUAUUUUUGUAUAUGGUAUAUGAUAGAGAUUUAACUAUACAUUUUGUUCACAUUGGAUACCUGAUUGUGCCAGCACAUUUGUUAAAUAAAUCACCCAUUCUCUCCCUCUCUCU